AUGAAGUUCCAAGUGCACAACGCAACAAGCGCCGUGCCCGAAAUCGACGGAAUGCUUGAAGAAACUCAGAGAACUGCAUUCACUGCAAGAAUCACGGAGGCCAGGAUUCCCGAGCCGGGGAAGGUGAGAAUCCCGUUCUACGAAGGAACAACCGACCCGAAAGCACACAUAACAGUGUUUUGGAUAGCAAUGGGACGAGCCUUCACAAAGAACGCCGCCAAACUGACCGAGCGGGAAGUAGAUGCCGGAUACUGCCUGCUUUUCGUGGAGCAUCUUAAGGGGGCCGCACUCGAAGGCACAUCCGAUGCCGACCUGUGGCCACUAUCCCAAGGACCAAACGAACCGCUUCGGGAUUACAUGGCAAGAUUCAAGGCAGUCGUGUCCAAAAUAGAAGGGAUAAGUGACAAGGCCGCGCUCGAGGCUCUGAAACGAUCUUUGUGGUACAAAUCCGAGUUUCGACGGGAGAUGGCACUCAACACGCCACAAACAAUUCAAGACGCUUUGCACCGGUCAUCAGACUUCGUCGUAAACGAGGAGGAAAUGAAAAACUUGGACGAACAGAACGAAGCAACGAAAGCAGUAGGCACCGGACGCGGAAGAGGAGAGCCGCGCAACAACACUUGGGUGAGAAAGUCCGCCAACUACGACGAGAAGGCUUUCUGUGAGUAUCACCAGACCUACGGGCACUCAACAGCACAAUGCCGAACUCUAGGAGCGAAACUCGCGGCUAAGAUGGCAGCGGGAGAGCUCCAAAACGCGAGCGGCGCGGCGGAACCCGCGAAUCCUCCCCGACGAGGCGAUAACUCCAAGCGCGACAGGAGAGGCGAACCCGAAGAGCGACCCCCGAGCCGAGGCAAAGGAUCAAUAUGA